AUGGGCAGCUGUUUACCUCGUUUGUUCCUUGCUGCCGCUCAAGUCCUCACACCAAAGAGGGAUGUGUGUUCACACAUACACACGCACACACGUACCCUCAAAGUGUUCCUUUCCUCCUCACACCACCUGCCUUGUUGUUGCAUCGUCGAGGUAACCAACAGUUCAAUUACCAGCCAAGGCCCACGUCUACCUUCCUCAACCAACUCUACAAAGGCUCUCAGGACAGGCAGGUACAAGGCUGAUCACUGUCUUGUUACUGGUUCUCUUUCCCUAUGGGAAAACAAGCUAGCCCCUAUACCCAUUGAGGCGAGAGCAGCCAGGUAUCCUCAGAAACCUUCCUCAACCAGAUUUCCUUGA